CCAAAACCAAACCAAAAACCUCCCCAUCUCCGAUCUCAACAUUCUCUGAUCCUGGAAAACAAAACGGAACCCAAAACAAGAAAAGAAAAAUGAUGCCGAAGAGGCGCUUUGAUGCUCAGUGGGAAGACGAACACAACGUCGAAAACGGUGGAAGAUCAUCAUCCAUCCCUUCUCCAAAGAGAUUCAGAAAUGCGGUGAGAGAUGUUCUUGGGAAGCAAUCCAUGGCGGACUUCGCUUCCAGCAUGGAACCUUUUCUACGAUCAGUGAUUCGUGAAGAGGUCGAAAAGACAGUUGUCCGCGUGCUCAGCCAUCGAUCAUCCUUCGGUUCCAGGACGACUUUUGAAGGAUCUGGGGUGAAGAAGGGACUGGUCCUUCACUUCGUGAACAAACUUCCUUCCCGCAUCUUUACCAACGCCAGGAUCGAAGCGGAGGAUGGGAACCCCGUGAGGAUCGUGCUGCUCGAUGCAGCGACGAACACGAUCGUCUCCUCGGGCCCGUUGUCUUCGAUGAAGAUCGAAAUCACCGUUCUGAACGGUGAUUUCGGAUGUGACGAUCGAGAAGAUUGGUGCGCAAAGGAUUUUAAUGAUAAUGUUAUCAAGGAAAGGGAAGGGAGGAGGCCGCUGGUGACUGGGGAGCUCAGCGUUGUUCUGAAGGAUGGAGUUGGGCAGAUCAGCGAUGUGGUUUUCACCGACAACUCCAGCUGGCAGCGGAGCAGGAGGUUCCGGCUGGGAGCGAAGGCGGUGCAGAGAGGAGGUGCUUCUGGGGAGGUUGUCAGGAUUAGGGAAGCUAGAAGCGAGCCUUUCGUCGUCAAGGACCACCGCGGUGAAUUGUAUAAAAAGCACUAUCCGCCAAAGUUGGGAGACGAAGUCUGGAGGUUGGAGAGGAUAGCAAAAGAAGGCGCGUUCCACAAGCGACUGUCUGCCAAUGGAAUCAGCACGGUGAAGGAAUUUCUCAAGGCUUAUGUCAUUGACCAAACUACUCUAAGAAGUAUUCUUGGAGGCGGAAUCUCGAAUAGAAUUUGGGAUUCGAUCGUCCAACACGCUAAUACAUGUGUGCUGGAUGAAACCAAGUUCUACGUCUACAACGACCAUGCUCAAGGCCUCAGGCUCCUGUUCAAUUCGGUGUAUAAGCUUGUGGGCGCUAUGUUUGACGAUGGGCACAACUACGAGCCUCUUGAUAGACUAACCCCUCCCCAAAAAGUUCUGGUGGAGAACUCAAAGAAGCAAGCUUACAGAAACCUGGAAGGCUUGAUCCCAAUGGAUUCCCGUUCAGCAAUCGGACCCUCACGGCAACUCCCUCUGCCGCCGCCGGAAAUCCAAUCCGAUCCCUUUCACCUCUCAAACAAUCUCACCCUUCACCAACUCGAAUUCCCCGUCCUCCGCCACGACGAAUCCGACUUGCAUCUGGAUUUCAACAACAAUAACAAUUACUCAACAAGCUCAUCGUCGUACGACAGCAUCAGCACCAGCCCCAUCCAACUCAGCCCGUUCCUACGAACGGCGAGCUUCAAGUUCUCCGGCGGCGGCAGUGCGGGACACUUUGCCAUCCCGCAGGAAUCCGGCGGAUGGGCGCUGCAAUCCGGCAGGUCCUCUUCAUGGCCGACUACUGCACCGGAGGACACGGCGCUGGUAGCGGCGGCGGCUUCCCCUACUCCAUGGGGACCUUUGUUUUUCCCGCCGAGGAUCACGGAAGAAGAAGUGGCGGCGGCUGUUCUAUCGUCGUUCCCGAGCUUCGGCGCCAGCCGGAUGGAUUUCCCCACCGCCGUCGGGAGGCCGAGGGCACGUUGGUGCAAGAUCCGGACCGCGUUUAAGGUCCGAUCGAUGUUGUUGUCUGCUCAGAGAAUGUGGCACUCGAGGUUCUAUCAGUAAAAAGUUACGCCCAAUGGGUUGGCGAUGGCGACUGAGAAAAUGGCUUUUUUUUAGAGUGUAAAGUAAAAGCGUCUCUAGUUCUUAGGAGGGUGAAUUUGGCAACGCCAAUUUUUUUUUUACUCCUGGGUAAAAUGAGAUGUAUAGGUCACUUAUUGUAACUUGUAAGUUUUACCGCUGGCUGUUUCGUUUUUUAGCCGUUCAUGUAACUAGCAAGGUGAAAGAAGUGGUGGCGGCAUUGUCUGAAAUAUAAUGGUCGCCCCAAUAUCUUAUAUAGGCUUUUGGUUUUCUCCACUGAUGGGCUAUUUUCGAUGGGCUAGAUGACCUUGUAUGUAUAAUCUGUAGGUCCCAUUUGUUGGCUCGGUAUUCUGCAGGAAAUUACUCUUCUGAUGGAUCAGCUAGAUGGUUGUUCUCUUCGGUUUGUUGGUCAGCGGCUCAGUGUAACAACAGAGUAACCCAUUUGUUGUUUCGUAA